CAGCCGCCUUGUUCGGGUAUAAGCCUGAUCUCUCGAGAACACAACGUGUCGGACAGUUCGCAAUCCAGACAAUCACCAACCACGGCGUGCCCGCCGUCCCCAACGAACUCCCUUGUGGAGGAAGAAAGCUACUUUACCCCCCCGCCGCGCUCGCCAUCCCACGCCUCUGCCUCGAGCUCCGCCUGCAACAGUCCUCCGCCUUUCUCCUCACUCUUCGCCUCGGCCCAUCCUGACCAACACGUAUUCACCGAAUCUUCAGCCUCCGCUUCAGCUCCAGAAUUUGCGCCGACACAGCCCGUAGACGACUCGAUCCAAUCGGCCCCAUCGUCGGCCGUCGUCGCAGACACCAAAGCGUCCUUCUCCGAACCAAAGGGGGACGGUCUUGGUAAGAAUACCGACGACGGGGAACCGCCGCCACCAUAUACAGAGGGCUAUAGUCCACUUGAAUCAUUCACGCGCAUCGAGCAUUAUUACCCAGGUCCAACAGACUGGCGGGCCACCAAUCAACACCCUAGGAGUGGCACACGGUUCACAUUGUCGCGUGAUGAGCUACUGACUCUUCCGGAGUUUGUUUUGCUCUCUCUAUUUCCAAACGGACUUCUCCCAGAUGGACAUAUGAGCGGCUUCCACGAGGGCGAUAUUUACCCUGUUGAUUAUGACCCGACCUCGCUUCAGUUCAUGCUAGACUUUUUCCGAUCUGUCGCGCAUUCCAUUCCGUCAACCCAGCCCUCUGGAUCGACCUCUCCUGACCUUGACGCCCCGGAGCUCAUGCACAAUCCAGCGCGGGAAAUGCUCCAAGACCGUGCUGGAAUUAUCGUCCUCCGCGAAGAUCUUGAUUUCUAUGUGAUUCCACCUCGCGCGGACAUUGGCCAUGAAGAGAUGCUGGAAGUUAAGCGCGCUGCUGGCCGCGCCUUACUCAAGCAGAAUGGGAUCUUCUCUGGCCUGCGGAAGAGCGAGGAAGUAGGCUCGACUGAGCAGCACCUGAUUGAGAUGCUGACGGCAGGUGGCUUUGACCGAGAUGACGCUUGGGGACAUCGGGCCCCUGAGCCCAACAAGGCAGUCAUCUGCAGCCUGGCUCUCGCCAAACUUCGUACCGACAUCCGUGGUGACAUUGCAGGCAGUAAUGCCGUGGGUAUGGCCCAGAAGCUUCUUCUCUUCUGGCGCAAGCCUGCUCGUCGCUGCUGGUGGGAAGGCGUGGACCUGGAUGACGUUGAAGGCGUGCACGGCCAGGUCAAAGUCUGGAUCCGGAGAGUGUGGACAUUGGAAAUGAGUGUCAUCGGUCUCCGAUGA